CAAAGCUUUGGCUUUUACGUGGGCCAUGCUCCUCGCCGUACGCCGUCAACUCGUACAUUCAAGACACAGAAUUGCCACGAUAGCUCCGUCAUCGUCAAAGUCUCCUACUUGCUUAUUUAAGACGAGGGGGAGGAAUCUCGGUACAAGCAGCAGUAAUGGGAACGGACACAAUGGUGGGCAGGUUCCUGCCGUCACACCCACAGCAAUGUGCAAGGCAGGGGGGAUCGGAGUCGUGGCAGGCGUCUUUGGCUCACUAGUAGGCAUGGGAGGUGCCUUCGUUCUGAUCCCGGCUUUGACCGGCUUGUUGAAAUUCUCACAGCACCAGGCGCACGCCCUGUACGUGGCCGGAUUGGGCAUGAUGACGGCGCGCAUGGGCGCCGUCGUGUCCGGGAGGCUCUCCGCCGCCACCUUGCAAAGGCUUUGU